AUGCCGGAAGAUGUUCUGCAAGCAAUGGUUGAAAAGAGUUUCUGUUUCGGUCUGUAUGAAAUUACCACGGGUCCGCGUGCUGGUACCACCGCCGGCAAUGGCAACGGCAACGGCAGCGACUCCAUCUCCGCUGAGACUGGUCUUUGUCAGAUCGGCUUUGCGCGGCUCGUCGGCGACAUGGUCACCUUUGUCUACGUGACGGAUCUGUAUGUGCUGCAGGAGUAUCAGGGGCGGGGAGUAGGGGGGUGGCUGAUUGAUUGUAUUGGGGAGAUGGUGGAGGGGAUGCCGUGGUUGCGGUGGGCGAUGCUGAGGACGUCGAUGGAGAAGAGCCAGAAGGCGUAUGAGAAGAGGUUGGGGAUGGGGGUGUUGAGGUCGGGCGAUGUGAGAGAGGGGCCGGUGAUGAUGGGGAGGAAGGGCGGUUGCGGGGGGGGCCUUAAAGGGAUGGCGAUGAAUCUGGAAAAUACAUGGGAGAUGGAGAGGGUCACCGUGAGGAGUGGGAAUGGUAGAUUAAUGUGA